AGAAAGUCGAGCUAGAGAGAAAGAUAUUUGAGUGUGCCUAGCUAUGUGUAAGUGAGAGAGAGCUAGAGAGAAAGAUUAAGGGAGGGAAAUGGAAAAGAAAACACAGAGGAGUCAAAGGACGUUGGUGUUAGUCCCAGCUCCUUACCAAGGCCACUUAAAUCCAAUGCUUCAGCUGGGUGCCUUCCUCCACUCAAAGGGCUUUUCCAUUACAGUUGUUCACACCCACUUCAACUCUCCAAACCCUUCAAACCACCAUAACUUCACCUUUCUUUCAAUACCAGACGGCUUAACUGCAGGCCAGAUUUCGUCUGGGAAUCUAAUAGGCAUUCUAUUAGCUAUUAACGCCAAUUGCAAAGAAAGCUUCCAACAAUGCCUGACUCAAGUGAUGAAGCAAGAAGCACGGAACGACAUCACCUGCAUCAUCCAUGACGAACUCAUGUACUUUCCGGAACCUGUGGCCAAUAACCUAAACAUCCCAAGCCUCAUCUUACGGCCUAAUAGCGCUACCAAUUUCAUUGCUCGCAGUGCUCUCCUACAACUCCAUUCAAAAGGUUAUAUUCCUUUCCCACUUCCAGACUCAUUGUCACUGAAACCGGUGCUUGAGCUUCAUCCCCUCAGAUUCAAGGAUCUGCCCAUCUCCACUUUUGACACGCUUGAAAAUUAUUCGAAACUAAUGGUGAAUGCACAGAAUGUGAGGACAUCCUCAGCCAUCAUUUGGAACACCCCGGACUGCCUUGAACAAUCAUCACUAGAACAGAUCCAGCAGCAAUGCCAAGUUCCAAUCUUCUCUAUAGGUCCUCUUCACAAGAUUGCAACAGCUGCCUCUAGUAGUUUAGUAGAAGAGGACACCAGCUGCAUUGCGUGGCUUGACAAGCAAUCUCAUAACUCAGUUAUCUAUGUAAGCUUGGGGAGUCUAGCCUCCAUCGCCGAGAAAGAUCUAGAUGAAAUGGCUUGGGGAUUAGCUAACAGCGAGCAACCAUUCUUGUGGGUGAUAAGACCUGGCUCAGUUUGUGGUUCAGAUUGGAUUGAUCUAUUGCCUCAAGGUUUCAAAAAAGCUAUAGGAAAAAGAGGUUGCAUUGUGAAAUGGGCACCGCAGAAGGAAAUUCUGGCUCACAACGCAGUUGGCGGGUUUUGGAGCCAUUGUGGUUGGAACUCAACCCUGGAAAGUAUAUCUGAGGGGGUUCCAAUGAUAUGCAAGCCGUUUUCCUACGAUCAGAAGGUACAUGCAAGGUAUCUCAGCCAAGUAUGGAAAAUAGGCAUACAAUUGGAGAAUGAGAUAGAGAGAGGAGAGAUAGAGAGAGCAGUUAGAAAACUUAUGGUAGAUAUUAAGGGGAAGGAAAUGAGGGUGAGAGCCUUGGAAUUGAAGGAGAAAAUAGAAGCGAGUUUUAGGAGUGGCUCUCUUUAUGGUUCCUUGAAUGAUCUUGUAGAUCUUAUUAGGUCAUUCUAAGAAUCUAAUUGUAGCCAACUGGUUUUUGUAUGCAUAUAAGAUUUCGUAAUAAGGCUUCCUGCAUCUAAUGGAAUAAAACUUUGUAUCCUAAUGCAUUAGUUAAUACAAUUUUGGCCAAUCACUAUAAUGUAGUUGAUACAAACAUGGACUAUGUUGACUGACAAACAUAUAUAGUAAAUCAUUUUGAACAAAUCAUUGGCUUUCUGUUCUUUCAUUUUGGGGUUUUCACUUGUUUAACCUGUUGACAGAGAUAUACACAUCAGCUAGUAAUAUAGCAGCAAAGUUUGACAGGUGGCUUACACAUCAGCAAAGGUUGUUAGGAUUGUUGGUAAACUGUUAUAAAGGAUAAGAAAGUUAGUUGUACUAUUAGUUGCUUAUCUGUGAAGCUAAGGCUGUUGCCUAUAUAACAGAAAUCCUUGUAAUCGCAUAUUAAUUCAUUCAAUACAAAAGAUCAUUCACUC